AUGAAAUCACUAUCCUGGGUCCCGACAGUAUCCCGGGAUGAAUCUCAACCCUGUUCUGGAGGACGUCCUGAAGCCAUGGCUAACGGCGAUGGCCUCACUUUCAACACGUACGGCGAGAGGGCUUGGGACCCUGUCCACACAUAUUGUGAGGACAGUAUCACCCGGAAGGAGGCCGAGGAGAUGCAGAGACCCCACCCAGCCAACUUCCCUAGUGAUAAUGAGCCUCUGGGCACCAGGGAUACUACAGGGGCACUGGUGGUA